ACUUCCAUUCAGGAUUGAACGUAACAAUGAAGUCUUUGAUUUUCUUAAUCAUCAACGUUGCCAUAACUUUGGCUACGCCAACGCAUUACCAGUACCACGGACCACCGGCGCCCAUAGGCCAUGAUGGCAGGGUCAUGGACACGCCGGAAGUAGCACAUGCCAAAGCGGCACAUCUGGCUGCCGUAGCGGAAGCUGUCGCGAAGGUUCCGCAUAGCGUGGCUUCCUACGUGGAAAAUCAGGACUAUCGCGGAUAUGCAAACCCCGUAUCGGUUGAUCAUCAACUGUAUCACAGCGGAUACGGAUAUCACGGGCCGCCUGCCCCGUUAGAUCAUGAUGGUCGCGUAAUAGACACGCCGGAAGUGGCCCGAGCAAAAGCCGCGCAUCUAGCGGCUUACAAUCACAUAGCUUCCUCGACACCUGUCGCGUAUGAUCAUUCGCAGAUUUACAAGCCACCGGUUUACAAUCAUGACGGCUAUUAUAACAGUGGCUCGUCAAACCCCCAGUCUCACGAUGACAGAGAGAUUAACGGUUACAACGAUUACUAAUUUUGAUUAAAAGAACGUACGCGGCAACGUCGAGUUGACACUGUCGCGAUUAAAUGAUGACGUCGCGUUUAAAAUCGACGCGACAAAAUUAUGAAAUUGACGUUGCCACAAAGUUGCACAAUUGGAAAAAGCGUUCCUUAAUUUUAUAUGGAUGGUAGUUAGUUAUACAAUGCGUUUUCAAGUUUCGUGAUACGCUGUAAAUGAUAUGCACCUUGCAUCAUCGGCUUUCAGGCUGAACCGUAAGAUGCACGCAUCGGAUUGUUAUCUAAGACGCAUUUUAGCCUGUAAGAAAUAUAAAGCAUUCCAUUGUUGUUUCCUGAUUUCCUAUUUUAUUACAACAGUAUGCUCCCAAUACUGCUGGUUUUACUGAAUUAAGAAUUUCUUUAA